AUGCAAACACGGCAAACAGACCACCGGGAUGAUGUCAACCUAGGAAGCUCGGUAAUCCUGUCCCGAUAUAAAUUCAUCCUUCUACACUCCGUACACCUUUGUUUACUAUCGAUUCAUUCAUCCUUAAUAGCGCGCUUGGGCUGUUACAGAAUGUCAACUCUAGGUACUCCACAAUUCUUCAUGCGCGCUCUGCGCCCUUCCAAUGCCAGAGCAGUGUCUUCAUUUUUCCAACGCCAAGCCGGAGCCGCAUCCCAUCGAUCGCUGAGCUCAACAACAUUCCGAGCCAGCAACCUGAAUGAACGCGGCCACUCGACUGCUCCCUUACACCGCGAAACCCAGAAGUCUAAGCCUCUGAACCCACAUCUGACAAAUACCACGCCGACAAGCACCGAUGACUUUCCCAAAGUUGGCGCGAAAUCACCGCCCCCAGACUUGAUCACAGGAGCGGAUCCCGACUACCAGCCGCGCAAUGCGGUCCCGGGUAAGAUGGAGCAUAUGACAGGCACAAGUGUGAAAACGGACGGGGGGAGGAAACCUGAGUUGGGCGUUGGGGAGAUGGAGGGGAUUACUUUUAAGGUUGAGCCUUUGAGGCGGCAAGGGGAAGAUAUUACGACGAUGAGGGCUAGGUUGCUGUAUCAAAGCCGAAAGCGAGGCAUCCUAGAAUCCGACCUUCUCCUCUCGACGUUUGCAUCCCAGCAUCUCCCGACGAUGACAGAACGACAACUGCAAGAAUACGACAAAUUCCUGGAUGAGAAUGAUUGGGAUAUCUACUACUGGGCGACUCAAGAGGCAGAGGACCCAUCCGUGACAGAUGGCGCCAAUUCGCCUUCCGCAACAAACAUAUCCGACAAUCAAGCCCAGGAUACCCCGACAGAGACGUGGAAAAGCGGCGCUGCAAAGAGUGGAGAAUGGGCGCAGACUGUAGGGGCAUUCAAACCUGCAUAUAGACCUGUUCCGCAGCGGUGGAAGGACUCUGAGAUCCUUGCUCAAUUGAGACAGCAUGUGCAUGAGAAGAGUGCUCUUGGAGUAAAGGGGGCGAAGGGGCAGAGCCGGAGUGGAGGAGGGUUAGGACAGAUGCCUGACCUGCAUAGAGUCAACGCAUGA